AAUGCGUAAGCAAAUACAACAAUUCCCUUACGUACGACCGGUACAGUUAAAAGUUUCCUCGCUAAUAGAACUUCUGUGCAGUAGAUUUUCAGCUUGUGCGGAAAUUAGGUACUUCUACGUUGACCAAAGUUUUUAGGAAUAAUCUAACGCAGACGAAAUUUCAUAAGCCAUGGAUCCUCAAAAUGGGAAUUUCGAAAAAUCAGGCCUGCCUGCAGCUGUUAACCCAGAAAAUCCAGGCGGUCAACACGUUCCUCCACCUCCUCCUUACACACCAUACGUCGGUCAGCCUGGCGUAGCGCUAGCGUCGCAUACCACAACGGUGGUGGUUACAGGGCCCACCAGUGCCGAUCCAUCGGUUGUCCAUUUCAUCCUGGGACCGGAGCCCUCCCAAGGAGUAUGCCCUUGUUGUGGACAAUUCAUUGUGACCCGUAUAAAUCACGAAUUAGGUAGUCACGCUUACACCUGGAUGGCGAUUUUUUGCAUUUUGGGUGGUGUACUGUGUUUCUGGAUUCCAUUGGUAGUGGAUUCCAUGCAAGAUGUCUUGCACUACUGCCCAAACUGUAACACCCUUUUGGGACGGUUUACCCGUUAAAGACAUUAUUCCAUCUAACUAUACUGUACGUCUAUAUGCAAUGGAACUUGUCCAUGCGAGCCGUACCUUGUCCAGGAAACAUAUACAGAGUCUCUGUACUGAGGAACUGAAUUUUCUGUCCUGGACUCGCUCAAAAGAUUGGACAUUGUGUUAUUUGACAUAAAUAAGUUCUUUAGUACAAAUAAAAAAUUUUUGCUAAGAUUGCUUAUUCAAAAA